UUGGUGCCAACAAUACGGGCUUCGAGCGCUCCUGCACAUGGGUUCCAGACAAGGAGCGCUGUUGGAUCAUGUCUGACCUGGAGCUGUGGAACAGUAUACUUGCCCGGGACAACAUCGAACUCCUCGAGCACGUCUGGGGUGAGCUCAAGCUGCAGGGCUAUGAGGGCUCAGUGAACAGUUCGGAACAUCAGGACGUGCUUCGUGCCUCAUUCCUCAUUCACCUGCUACUGCGGCAACACAGGUGCGUAACUUACAUCAUUUUGGACAUGACUACAACCGUGCUCGAAAGGAGCGUCCUCCUACACGGCAUAAGGACCGGCGCAGCAGGUGUCAAGUUACUCGAGAUCAAGAGCCCCUCGUUUGAUAAGUUGACUGCAGCGGAGAACACUUGGUCUCGGGCAGCAGCCAGUCUGAAGAACCUCGUCCAUCUGUGCAUCUUCAACGCCUACUUUUCGGCGGAAAUCGCGCACACGCUCGGUGUCUACGUGGAGCAAGCCAACGUUCUCACUACUCUCCUUUUAGUCGAUAUCAAGGCACCUGGCAGUAGCGCUGCCACGUUUUUGCGCUUCGUUGCCCGAAACAGGAGCUUGAAGAACUUGUCCGUAGAAGGCACCUUCGUGACUGCGCAGCGGGGCCACGCUCUCGCAAACGUCGUUCGAAAGCACGUGACCCUUGAAAGGCUUCAACUCAACGGGUCCCUGGCCUAUUGUCCAUCGGUCCUACUGGAAUCUGUGGUCCAGAGCCGAACGCUGACGGUCAUUAUCGUGCACAAAUGCCUGAUACGCGCCAACGAUAUCUAUGAUAUGGCCGCUGCUCUGGACGCCGUGUUCAGCGCCUCCCAUGCCUGA